AUGGGAAACUGUGGAAUAGGGCAAAAAAUACAAUAAUUAGAAAUUUAUAAAUCAGAAAACGAUUUGUAUGAGGUCUUUGCUUCAUUAAAAUUAUUAGAUGAAUAAAUCUUCAGUGUAAUAUUUGAAAUGUUAAAAGCAGAAAAGAUUGAAGACUGUCUAAAAUUUCUCUCAUAUAUUCAAAAUUUACAACAAAACAAACAGGACAUAUUAUAGGAGGAAAAUCCAUCAAUAUUGUAUAAGGAUUAGAUGCUCAAUGUUGAAAAAAAUAUUAUUAAUAGGAUUAUGGAUAUUCUCAACAAAUUAAAGGAUCAUGAUUAUAAUAAACAGAAUUACUCUAGAGUUGAAUAUGAAGAAAUUAAAAAAGAUCUGAUAAUAAAGAUAUCAUAUGAUAAGAAGAUUAUAGAAUUUCUAAAAUUUUUAGUUCAUCUUACUGGCUUAGAUGAGAGAUUCAUAUAGUGUGGAUCAAACUCUCUUCAUUUACUAGUUUAAAUGAAACUUGAUUUAAAGGAAUUAUGUUUUCAGAAUAUUAGGAUUAGAAAUACUUCCUUAGCAGGAGCAAAUUUAUUAAGAUGCGACUUAAGUGGAUCUGAAUUUGACAAUAUCAAUAUUAGUGGUAUAAAUUUGAAUUAAGCCAAAUUAUUAAAUUGUAAGUGGAGAAAUUUAAGAAUAAAUGAGUUAAAUAAGUUUAAUGGUCAUCGUAAUAGUGUCAAUUUUGUCUGCUUUUCUCCAGAUGGUAAGUCAUUAGCCUCUUGUAGUGAUGAUAAAUCCAUUCUUUUUUGGGAUGUAAAAACAGGAAAAAUAAAACCUAUAAUCAGAGAAAAGGGUAAGAUAAAUUCAUUAAGCUUUUCACCUAAUAAUAAUAUAUUAGCUUUCAGCAGCGAAAAAAUUGUCUAUUUAUGGAAUCCUAAAACUGGGAAAUAAAUAUGUGUAUUAAGUGGUCAUCACGCUGAUGUAAUUUCAGUUUGUUUCUCUACUGAUGGUACUACAUUAGCAUCUAGUAGUAAAGAUUGCUCCAUCAGUUUAUGGAAUAUUAAAACAGGAUAAUAAAAAGCCAAAUUAGUAGGUCAUUUAAAAUGGGUUUAAUCAGUGUGUUUUUCUCCUGAUGGUACCACAUUAGCAUCAGGGAGUUAUGAUAAGUCGAUCAGUUUAUGGGAUGUUAAGACAGGAGUAUAAAAAGCUAAAUUAGAUGGCCAUACAAGUUGGGUAAAUUCAGUCUGCUUCUCUCCAGAUAGCUUAAUAUUAGCAUCUGGUAGUAACGAUAGCUCUAUCCGUUUAUGGAAUGUUAAGAAAAGUCAAUAAAAAGCCAAAUUAGAUUGUCAGGCAGGUUAUGUGUUUUCAGUAUGUUUCUCUCUUGAUAGUAAUACACUAGCAUCUGGUUACGAAGAUUACUCAAUCCGUUUAUGGAAUGUUAAGACAGGAUAAUAAAGAGCCAAAUUAAAUGGUCAUUCAAAUAAUGUUAAUACGGUAUGUUUUUCUCCUGAUGGUGCUAUAUUAGCAUCUGGUAGUGAAGAUAACUCUAUCCGUUUAUGGGAUGUUAUGGUAGUAUAAUAAAAAUUAGAAUUAGAAGGACAUGAUGAAACUGUCAUUUCAGUUUGUUUCUCUCCUGAUGGUACUACAUUAGUAUCUGGUAGUGCAGAUAAGUAUAUUCGUUUAUGGGAUAUUAAGACAGGAAAAGAAAAAGCUAAAAUAAAUGGUCAUUCAAAAGCAAUUCUAUCAGUCAAUUUCUCUCCUGAUGGCACUAUAUUAGCAGCUGGUAAUGAAAAUAACUCUAUCCAUUUAUGGGAUGUUAAGACAGGAUAAUAAAAAGCAAAAUUAGUUGGUCAUUAAGGUUAUGUUAAUUAAGUAAAUUUCUCUCCUGAUGGCAGUACAUUAGCAUCUGGUAGUGGAGAUAAGUCUAUUCGUUUAUGGGAUGUUAAGACAGGAAAAUAAAAAGCCAAAUUAGAUGGUCAUUCAUAAUAUGUUAAUUCAAUUUGUUACUCUCCUGAUGGUACUACAUUAGCAUCUGGUAGUGAUGAUAACUCUAUAUGUUUAUGGGAUGUUAAGACAGGAUAAUAAAAAGCCAAAUUAGAUGGUCAUUCAUCAUAUGUUAAUUCAAUUUGUUACUCUCCUGAUGGUAAUACAUUAGCAUCUGGUGGUGCAGACAACUCUAUCAAUUUAUGGGAUAUAAAAACAGGAUAAUAAAAAGCAAAAUUGGAUGGUCAUGAAGAGCGUGUUCAUUCAAUUUGUUUCUCUCCUGAUGGUGCAACAUUAGCAUCUGGUAGUUCAGAUAACUCUAUACGUUUAUGGGAUAUUAAGACAGGAUAAUAAAAAGCAAAAUUAGAUGGCCAUUCAAAUUUUGUUAGGUCAGUUUGUUUCUCUCCUGAUGGUAAUACAUUAGCAUCUGGUAGUGGAGAUAACUCUAUUCGUUUAUGGGAGGCUUAAACAGAACAACAAAUUUUACCUCCAAAUAAUAGUUUUUACAAAGAAAGUUUGGCCAUCCUUUCAAAUACUAUUCAUUCAGAUAGCAGUAUUAUUAAUUAUUAUUAUUUAGCUACCUCUUAUAUAACGAUACUAAAGAUUUCCUAAAAUCCAAAUUUAGAAGCUGAAGGAACCCUAAUAAUGAAAGGCGAAUUCUUCGAUUAUAAAGGGUAUGAUUUGUUAUCAUUAUUUAAAUGUAAAGGAAGUUUAAUUUUAGAGAAUGA